UGAAACAAACACACAGUAGGCUUUUGCAUAGUGACAGAAGGAGGUCAAAGACUGAAUGCAGGCAGUUUAAAAAGAAUCAAAGGCAAGGUAGUGAGGAGUUGACUAGCUGCAGGUGGCUUAGAACAAAGUAAAUACAAGAAACAGGUUGAUCAGGUAUACAGGGAUGUUACAACUGCUAUUCUCGACCACUUUUUGACUCAGCGAGGUGAUGUGGUGAAUAUUUAGUCAAAUCAAAUGAAAUUGAAGUUUGAAGACUUUCAUAAUCUACAACAAAGAGGGACACAAGACGUUGCACUGUGACUGAACAUUAUGACAUCACAGAGGAGAACCUGGACUUUCUCAUCCAUGCGUUUUAGGUCUAGACCAUCACAGGAUGAAGGGGAAAAUUAUUUCAGGAGGCAAUUAUUUUCCUCUUUCAGAGAAACGUCUAAAACUCAAGAAGACAAUGUUUCCAGUGACAUAGAUAUGAGACGAGCUUUCUCAGAUGGAGGGAUUGAAACCAGCAAAGGUGCCUUCCUUCCAGUUGAAGAUGAAGACCAAGAGAUGGGAGCCAUGAAGAGGUUCAGUACCUUUUUUACGUCCUUCCGUGGGAAAAACAGCAGAGACAGAUUCUAUUUUGUAGGAGCAUCUAAGGAACCAGACCUACCUGUUAGCACAGAGCUCUCUCCUGUGGAACAGAAGUCCAAGGAGCAGCGCUACACUAGCGGACAGUUUUUCUUUGAGUAUCUGGUGGUGGUGAGGCCUAAGCAGACCAAAGAUCAGACUUAUGAACCACAGAUCAUCUAUCAGUUUCCCAAGAAGGAUGGAAUGGUGCGAUUUCAGAAAGAGGAGGAAGAGAAGACGUUGAAGGCUCUCACACUCUUUUGCUUUCCCGAGGGUGUUAACUGGGCUCCCUUAACAGAAUAUCGCAGUGAAACAUUCUCUUUCGUGCUUACAGAUGUUGAUGGAACCAGGAAGAAUGGAUACUGUAGGAGGCUGUUGCCGGAUGGAAAGGGUGCUCGUCCUCCUGAAGCCUAUUGUAUCAUCAGUAAUUUAGCCUGCUUUGGACUCUUUUCCAAGAUCUUUGAUGAGGUUGAGCAACGUAGGAAGAUGUCCAUGGCAAUGAUCUACCCAUUUAUGCAGAGCCUGAGGGAGGCGGCAUUUCCUGCCCCGGGACACACUGUUAAAAUCAAGAGCUUUAUUCCAGAAAGAGGCACUGAAAUCAUCAGUUUGACUCGCCCAACAGACUCGUGGCUAGAACAUGUGGAUUUCCGUACAUUGUUCAGUUGUCUGUCGGAUGAGGAGGUGCUUCAGGUGUUUGCUGCUGCAGUGCUAGAACGAAGGAUCAUCUUCAUCGCAGAGGAGCUUGGUACAUUAUCACAGGUGAUUCAUGCAGUGACAGUUCUCCUCUAUCCAUUCAUCUGGCAGCACACACUCAUCUCCAUCGUACCCGAGAUCCUGAUCGACGUUGUCAUGGCACCUACGCCAUACCUUCUGGGUGUCCAGAAACGGCUUGCUGAUCAGAUCACUGACCAGACUGAUCUGCUUAUUGUUGACUUGUCAGAAGGCAGAAAGGCGACAUUUAUCAAGAGGACGGGAGAUGAGGACACAAUAUUACCUCACAAACUCAAAGACGAAAUCAAGCAGGCCCUCAGUGCCAAAAAUGACAAAUCAAGUCUUGAGGAGUUGAACCGAGUCGUCCCAGAAGCAUUUUUGCCAUUUUUUAUUAAGACUGUUGGACACUUUUCUAAAUACAUCGUACAAAAUGGCCAAAACAAUCAGGUCGAGUUCCAGCAAAGGAGUUUCUAUAAAGCUAUUGAAUCAAAGAGCACACGGCGGUUUGUAAAGAAAUUUGUUCAGACACAGAUGUUUGACCUCUUCAUUCAGGAGGUCGAACAGAGACCAGCCUCUCAGGAUGGCACAGGGUUUUUUGAGAGAAAGAUCGCUGAAUACCAGAAAAAGAUGAGAGAGAAGGCAAAGAAACACUAGUGGCAAUGCUCACUAAUGUGGUUGAUUGUAAAUCUUGUGUGAAAUAAAUUAAUUGGUAGUAAAAUAAUUUUAAAGAAUGUAGAUAGGAUUAUAUUUAUGAUUUUAGUUUUUUAGUUUAGACUUUUACAGCUGUUUGUCAUUUGUGUUUGAUCUUGUUGGGUGUCGGGGUGUUUGUAUUGUGAUGAGCUGCUGUAUUUUAUGUAAGGCUUGUUUCAGAAAGACACUCUGGGCAGUGAUUUUGACCAUACGGUUCAAUGUUGCAGAAGCUGAGCCAUUGGAAACAUGCAGAAUUGAAAUACAUUCUGUAUCAAUCUUUAUAAAUGAAAAUAAUACAAAUUCAGUCUGAUAUGAAACAAAAAAUAAAUUUCAUCUCCACAUUUUGCAGAUGUCUAUAUAUGUAAAAUGGGUUUCUUAUCAUAUUAAAAGUGAAAAAGUC